AUGUCAUCAGACUUAGACAGACAAAUCGAGCAACUUAAAAGAUGCGAAAUUAUCAAGGAAAGUGAAGUUAGAGCACUUUGUUCAAAGGCAAGAGAAAUUUUAUUAGAAGAAGGAAAUGUUCAAAGAGUUGACUCACCAGUUACCAUUUGUGGUGAUAUUCAUGGUCAAUUUUACGAUUUAAAAGAAUUAUUUAAAGUUGGUGGCGAUUGUCCACAAACCAACUAUCUUUUUAUGGGUGAUUUUGUUGAUAGAGGGUUCUAUAGUGUUGAAACUUUUCUUUUAUUAUUAGCAUUAAAAGUUAGAUAUCCAGAUAGAAUUACAUUAAUUAGAGGUAACCACGAGUCAAGACAAAUCACUCAAGUAUAUGGUUUCUACGAAGAAUGUGUUAGAAAAUAUGGUUCUGUUACUGUUUGGAAAUACUGUACCGAAAUUUUCGAUUAUCUUUCACUUUCUGCUCUUGUUGAUGGUAAAAUUUUUUGUGUUCAUGGUGGUUUAUCCCCAUCUAUUAAUACCUUAGACCAAAUUAGAGCAAUUGAUAGAAAACAAGAAGUCCCACACGAAGGUCCAAUGUGUGAUUUAAUGUGGUCUGAUCCAGAAGAUAUACCAGGAUGGAAUGGUAGUCCUCGUGGUGCUGGUUUCUUAUUUGGUGAAGAUGUAGUUCAAAAGUUUAACUAUGAUAAUAAUUUAGAAUUUAUAUGUAGAGCGCAUCAAUUGGUUAUGGAAGGUUAUAAAUACAUGUUUAAUGAAACAUUGGUAACUGUAUGGUCUGCACCAAACUAUUGCUAUAGAUGCGGUAAUGUAGCCGCAAUUUUACAAUUGGAUGAAAAUUUAAAGAAAAACUUUGCUAUUUUUGAAGCUGCUCCCCAGGAAUCAAGAGGUGCUCCAGCCAAAAAACCAGCUCCUGAAUAUUUCCUUUAA